AUGGCUGGUGAGAGAGCGGUGGGGCCACUGAUUGAAGUGGUCAAAGGGGCGGUGCUGGCAGCAGUGAGAGAGGAGCUGGCUGCACACAAGGAGGAGGUGGAUAAGCUGCGUUGUAUGUUGCGUGUUGUGAAGGAGAAGAAUGACGCGACUGCUGCUGUGAUGGAGGACAUGGCGAGAGGACUGGAAGCAGGGAAGGGGGAGUUGGCAGUGCUGAAAGGGGAGUUGGCAGCGGUGAAAGGGGAAUUGACAGCGGUGAAAGGGGAGUUGGUAGAGGUGAAAGAGGGAAUGGCAGAACACAAGGGUUCUAUGGCAGAGAAAUUGGCUGUAAGGAGGAGGGCAUCGGAUGCAAGAGAGGCCAUCAAGCACCUCUACAGGCUGCGUCAACUGGAAACGCUAGACCUUGCAAAGACAAACCUUUCAAACAGCGUCCUGGAAGGCAUUGGGUCCUUGAGGAGUCUGAAGCAACUUUUUAUCGAGAUGGCCAAAGUGAAUGAUGCUGGUCUGCAUCACUUGACAUGCCUUUCUUCUCUCAACACGUUGGACCUUGGGUCAUGCUUUGGUGUGACAUCGGCUGGCACGGUACAUGUGGGGAGACUGACAAGGCUUGAGGAGCUUCUGCUGGAUGGCACGGCAGUCACGGAUGCUGGUCUGCCACACUUGAUAGCUCUCUCCUCUCUCAAGUCGCUGCAUCUGUCUGGAUGCAAGGGUGUGACAGCUGCAGGCAUGGUGGAUGUGGGGAGGCUGACGGAACUAGAUAAACUCUUUCUGGAUGGCACGGCAGUCACUGAUGCUGUUCUCUCCUCUCUUACGAUGCUCAAGCUUUCUGAAUGCAAUGGUGUGACAAGUGCUGGCAUGGUCGAAGUGGAACAGUUGACAGGGCUUGAGAUAUUACGGCUGGAUGGGACAGCAGUGACGGAUGAUGAGCUGCAGCAGCUGACAUGCCUCUCCUUUCUCAAAGUGCUGGACCUUUGCAAAUGCGAGAAUGUUACAAGUGCAGGCAUGGUGUAUGUGGGGAAGUUGACAGGAUUGAAAGAGCUUUGUCUGGAUGAGACGGCUGUCACAGAUGAUGGGCUGCAGCAGCUGACGGGUCUAUUCUCUCUCAAAGUGCUGGGACUUGGCAAAUGCAAGGGCGUGAGCAUUGUUGGCAUGGUGCAUGUCAGAAGGAUCACAGGGCUUGAGGCACUAGGGUUAUCUGUAACAGCAAUAACGGAUGAUGGGCUGCAGCAGCUGACGGGUCUCUCCUCUCUCAAAGAGCUGAGCCUUUCCGACUGUAAGGGUGUGUCAAGUGCAGGCAUGGUGCAUGAGGGGAAGCUGACAGGACUGAAAGAGCUUUAUCUAAUUGAGACAGCUGUCACAGAUGAUGGACUGCAGCAGCUGACGGGUCUAUUCUCUCUCAAAGUGCUGGGACUUGGCAAAUGCAAGGGCGUGUCAAGUGCUGGCAUGGUGCAUGUGGGGAGGCUGACAGGGCUCGAGAAACUAGGGGUUGGUGUAACGGCAGUCUCGGAUGAUCGGCUGCAGCAGCUGACGUGCCUCUCCUCUCUCAAGGAGCUGGAACUUUCUAGAUGCAAGGGUGUGAGUUUUGUUGGCAGGGCUUGA